AGGUUGAUUGAAGUCGGUGAAGCGCAGGGUAGGGUUUCUGUUCAUUUUAAUAAUCCAGGAUACCCGAGGGUUAAUUAAUGCCACUUGUUUUUGCCUGCUUGCCCCCCGAGAGAUCAGUGUGUUUGUCGACAGCAACUUUCUCCAUGUGACGUGUUUGUCGGUGGAAACAAACCGAGGGAGACGCCGGCAUGAUCCGUUUAAACUUUGUGUUUCGGUUCUUUCAUCGAUUUUACAUCAUGUUGUCGGUUAUGUUCGCUAAAACUGAAGUUAAGCUAACUGUUAAUGAAUGACAGGAGCGUGUCUUUAUUUAUUCCAGAGCACUGUUUACCGUGACGAAUAGAGCAAAAAUGGAGUCAAGUUUCAACAGGUUUUGAAUAAAAUGAAAGGUAAACUCAGAGUAACCGAUUCCGACUGAGGGUUUUUAACCUUUUUUUUUCUUUUUGUGAUGGGCUCGGUGACUUCUGCUUUGACAAGGACAAGAAACGCCUUGGUGAAAGUGGGCUCAGAGCCGGAAAACCCUGACCCGGAGAGGAGCCAGUCCGCCCCGGAGUCGGACCGGACCAGGAAGAGGAGCGCUCGGUUUAACGUUUCCAUCCAAGCUGGGCGGCAGAGUUCCCGCCAGUCGCUGUCCGAGGUCCUGAGCCGACAAGACUCCGAAGGAGCCAAACAAACCUCGAAGAAAAAGACUUGUGAAGGUCCACAGAGCGUGGCAAAUGAAGACGGAGAGAGCUCCACCAGACCACAGGCCAGUUUUGCACGCUCAAAGUCCCAGAGUGCUUUGUGGAAUGCCAUCACGGCGGGGAUGGGGAUCAAAGGCAAAGAGCAGAAAGGCCCCCUGAAUGACCCGCGGAGCCCUGAAGAGAUUCUGGCUGACGAUCUUCCUGCAGCAGAUGAACCAGACGCCACCGAGAAAACGGCCAUCAGGCGCAAGUAUAAGAAGACGUCCCAGAGAUUAAGAUGUCUGGUGAAGCAGUUGGAGAGAGGAGAGGCUUCCCUCGCUGACCUCAAGAAAAACCUUGAGUAUGCUGCGUCGGUGCUGGAAUCCGUUUACAUCGAGGAGACAAGACGUUUGGUGGACACAGAGGAUGAGCUCAGCGACAUUCAGUCAGAGUCUGUGCCCUCAGAGGUGCGGGACUGGCUGGCCUCCACCUUCACUCGCCAGAUGGGCCUCAUGCUGCGGCGCAAUGAAGAAAAACCUCGCUUCCGCAGCAUCGUCCACGCCGUUCAGGCUGGCAUAUUUGUUGAGAGGAUGUACCGACGUACCUCCAAUAUGGUGGGACUCAGCUAUCCUCCUUCUGUCAUAUCUGUGCUUAAGAAUGUCGACAAGUGGUCGUUUGACGUGUUCGCUCUUAAUGAGGCCAGCGGGGAUCACGCACUUAAAUUCAUAUUCUACGAGUUGCUCACAAGAUAUGACCUCAUUAGCCGUUUCAAGAUCCCAAUCUCUGCAGUGGUGUCGUUCGUGGAGGCCCUGGAAGUGGGAUACAGCAAACACAAAAACCCCUACCACAACCUGAUGCACGCUGCUGAUGUCACACAGACUGUACACUACUUGCUACUCAAGACUGGCAUGGUGCACUGGUUGACUGAGUUGGAGAUCUUUGCCAUGAUCUUUGCGGCGGCGGUGCACGACUAUGAGCACACGGGGACCACAAACAACUUCCACAUUCAGACAAGGUCAGACACAGCGAUCCUGUACAAUGACCGCUCAGUGCUGGAGAGUCACCAUGUCAGCGCAGCCUACCGCCUACUGCAGGACGACGACGAGAUGAACAUCCUCUACAACCUCUCCAAGGAUGACUGGAGAGAGCUGCGGGCUCUGGUGGUGGAGAUGGUGCUGGCCACAGAUAUGUCCUGCCAUUUCCAGCAGGUUAAGGCCAUGAAGAACUUCCUCCAACAACCUGAGGGCAUUGACAAGCCCAAAGCUCUGUCCCUGCUGCUGCACACAGCAGACAUCAGCCACCCGGCCAAAAGCUGGGACCUCCACCAUCGCUGGACCACCUCCUUACUGGAGGAGUUCUUCAGACAGGGGGACAAAGAAGCAGAGCUCGGGCUGCCGUUCUCUCCGCUCUGCGACCGAAAGUCUACAAUGGUGGCCCAGUCCCAGAUCGGGUUCAUAGACUUCAUCGUGGUGCCCACCUUCACUGUGCUGACGGACAUGAUGGAGCGCAUCGUCACGCCGCUCAUCGACGAGGCUUCGCAUUCAGGUUUCGCUGGCUUUCGCCGCUCAAGUCUGAACAGUAUUAGCUCAGAUGAAGCCAAACGGCACAGUGUGAAGAGCAUCGGCUCCGACAGCAGCUCAUCAGGCCAAAGCUCCUUGCUGACGGUGGACAUGAAGAACUUCAAGGCGUUGUGGAAUGAAGAGGUUUAUCAGAACAGAGAGCGGUGGAAAGCCCAGGCCGCUAAAGAGGCGGAGGAGAGAGCUAAAAGGGAAGCAGAGGAGCGAGCUCAGCAGGAAGAGGCUAUGGAUCCACAGGAGGUCCACACGGAAUCAGAUCACUCUGAACCAAAGGAGGACAAAUUGGAGGGGGAGGCGCCCGAGUCAGCAGAGGUCAGCAGACCACCAGAUGGUAACACAGGGGAAACAGAACAGGGAGCACAGCCUGGGAGCACCACACACAAGAGUCCUCCCCUGCAUAACGGAGAGUUGUCUGAAGGGGCUGAAUCUCCAGAGGGUGAAGAAAAGACGAACAAAAGUGUCGAUGCAGAGGUAGCGAUGGAAUAAGCGAGCCACACUGUUGCAUCUUUGCUGCGCUGCCGUCGACCUGAAACCUGCUUUUAACACUCAACUGGAGGACUCACACAGACUCACGUCACAGGGAAGGCCGUUAGUUGGACUGUGUCGCCCUCUACAGGACACCAAGAAACUCACACCUUCACUUCCAUUUUUGUCCUUAUGAUCAACUUGUUUUUUACUUUUACCAUAUUAAUACUCCCACACUCUUGUAUGCAGAGUUUGUGGCUCUACCCAUGUGCAUUAUUCCUCCCUCACUGCUUAUUGAUAAAGACAAUACAGAAGAUUUAAUGACCUUAAGAUGACAUCGACGAUGGUGGGGUUGAGAGGACCCUUUGAGAGACUGACACUGAAAAUGUUGCUUUAAUUUUUUUUUGUUUUUAGUUUGCCAAUCUUUUACUUAACGCAACCACAGACAUGUAGCCACCGUACAAGUCCCACUUUUUACAUCUGCAUUAUUUUUUUCUGUCAGGACUCGUUUGUUAGAUUUUAGCAUCACAAAGUAAAGUCUGGUUUAAAGUUGAAUUAGAAACAUAAGGUUUGCUACAGUAAUCCUUACAAAUUAAGACAAAAGUGCUUUUUUGUGGGAAAUGCAGAAUAAAUGCACAUGAAGAGGAACUUUUACAACUGCUACACCGUAUGUAUGUGAGCAUGUGUACAGUACACUAGGAAUUCAUUCACAGGUCUACAACGCCACUAUUUUACUAGCAAGCACUCCUUAAACAAACCCACUCUGUGUUGGAAAAUUGUGCUUUAGGAGUUCCUGAUGGGCGUCUCAUAAAAACCUUUUUCUUUUUUUUUUCUUUGUUACCAGGAGUUGUGACUCAUUUUUCCCCCUUACACACAUUUACUUUCUCAGUGCUUUCCUCAGACAUUGUACAAGUCUGAUGCGUUUGUGUUCCUUGUUUUUUGUGUGUCUUUAUCCUCUCCACUGUAUAUAUUGAAAUUUGUACAUGUAUGAAUCUGAGGAGGAGUAGAAAUCCCAGAUUCCACAAUCCAAAAAUGGAUGUUUUUUGGAUAUAAUGUAAGAUAUUAUGGUGGAAAAUGUCCAAAAAAUUAGAAUGCAACCUUUGCAUUUCAGACAUAUCACACACAUACAAAUGCAUUCAAGUUUUUGUAAUACAUAAACUCUUUUUGUUUACCUUUUUUUUUUGUAACAUUUGUUUUACAUUUGUCCUAUAUCAAUCAUGCACUAGAUGCGUCUUAUAUCCACACUGUAUGUCAUUUCUUCAUCAAAAGACUUCUUCUCGAUGCCUUCUUAUGUGUAUUGAAGCUGUAGCAAAAAAAACAAAAAACAAAACAAAAAAAAAAACAACACUGUCGCUCCAUUAGAGAGAAAUCUUACAUAUGUACGUUAUAUUUAUUUUGCAGGACAGUUAUGUUACAGCAGCUUCACCUUCUCGGUUGUUGGUGUAAUGUUUAAUCGACGUGUUUACAGCGUGCUUGUGCACCUAUUAGCCAGCUGAAUCCAUCAUGCUUUUGUGAUGCAUCCGAGGCUGUGAGUCCAAACUGUAUCUGCUUCCUGGUUGUUUGCCAGGUUUUUCAAGGCUUCUAAUGUUGUGUAUAGAAGAUGCAAAUAUUGCUUACUGUGCAUAUGUAACAUAUUGAACCCCUGCAACGCUGGUUCAGCUUUUCCUAUGUACUUAAUAUGUGUCAGUGGAAGAGAGGAAAACAAGCAUUUUGGCAGUAUUUACAUAAUGAUAGGUAUGUUUUCCCUAAAAUUGUGCACUUUUACUUUGUUGAAAUUCCCUCAUUUUAUUUUAAAGUAUACAGUACAUGUGCAACUUUAUAUAAAACUAUAGGAACUAUGACUUCUUUUUUAGCCUCUUUGUUUUAAUACACACUCCCCAUUUUUAUAUUAUAACAGGACACUAGUAUCGUGCUGGGACAUAGCAGUUUGUCAUGCAAUGCUACUUUCUACCUAAAAAAUACAGUCAGUGGUUAGCAAGCCAGCUGGCUGAAUGUGUGCCUAUAUAUAUGUACUUUCCAUGUCACACCUUUCACCUGUAGGAAAAAACUAUUUUGUGAUGUCAUUUGAAUCUGUGCUGAUCCAGGUACAGUCAAACAAACCAGUUCAUAUCUUCCUUCAAUAUUACAUACUAAAGGAGUCUUGUGUAAAGACUUUUAUUUUAGACACUGUUGGAAAAUCUGUUUGUACAGUCAGCAGUUUGAUGUUGCAGAAGUAUAGUAUUUAUAAUGGUAUAUUUUAUGGUCUAUUUUGCUCUUUUUCAUUUAGAAAAAAAAAUCUAUUUUUUAGCUGUUUAUGUGC